AAGUGUCAACGUAAACGUAAAUAAUUUUUUCCUAACCUUGUUCUUAAAUGCCUACUAAAUGAAAUUAAAAUGGUAGACGAAGGUACCAGGAAAACAUUAAGUAACAUCCCAUUAUUAAAAACUAAAGCCGGCCCAAGAGAUAAAGAACUAUGGAUACAAAGGUUAAAGGAAGAAUACCAAUCUCUAAUUAAAUAUGUCCAAAAUAACAAAGCAGCAGAUAAUGAUUGGUUUAGGCUAGAAUCUAACAAAGAGGGCACAAAGUGGUUCGGAAAGUGUUGGUUUAUCCACGAACUGUUAAAAUAUGAGUUCGAUGUGGAAUUUGAUAUUCCUAUCGGAUAUCCCACAACUGCCCCAGAAAUAGCCCUUCCAGAACUUGACGGCAAGACUGCUAAGAUGUAUAGAGGUGGUAAAAUAUGUCUUAGUGAUCAUUUCAAACCAUUAUGGGCGAGGAAUGUGCCUAAAUUUGGAAUUGGUCAUGCCAUGGCUUUGGGGCUUGGUCCAUGGUUAGCUGUAGAAAUUCCAGAUUUAAUAGCAAAAGGAGUGAUAUCUUACAAAGAAAAGACAAGUCAAUGAUCCAUAUAAAUAAAUUUAUAAAAAUUAAGUAAAAAAUAAAUAUUUUCCAUUUUUUGUUUUUGUGGGUGUGUACAAAGUUGAGUUUGUAAUUAUCUUCAAGUUUGUAGCAGAAAAUAUGCAAAAAAGGUUAAUACUAUAAAUUUACUAGGUCAGUGUUUCUUUUUGAAGAAUUUACUAAUUUUCCUAUAGCAACUAUACUUAACCAUCUUAAUUCGAUUUACAAGUGGUUUUCGAGUACUCAUAUUAAAAACUAAAUGAUUAAAUGUUAAAAUAGCCCUUGCAUAUGAUGUUACUUAUUUGAUAAUUAAAAUUUAUUUAAAAUUGGGUAACUUUUCAAUUACUUCUUUAAUAAACAUGAAGAUUAAUGUGAAUGUGUUUAAAAUAAUUAUUAUUUUGUUUUUGUUUUUUUUUUAAUUAUAUGUAAUGAUGAGAUAUAUAGAUUUUCUACCAAUAAAUAUAUAUUAUUACUAUA